AUGGGUGUGCGCCGAACGAAAGAACAUCUUCAUUUUUAUUUGCACUGUCCGAAAUCGAUGGACACUGUGAAUUGGACAAUCGAAACUCAGCGAAAACAUGUACUAGUUUCGAAUCGAGUGGAAAACAAAGUGAAAAAAGGCAAACAAAUAUUUAACAACAAAACUCCCGCGUGGGGAUGUGAAAAAUUUAUCAAAUGGGCGGAAAUGGAAAAAGACUAUCUUGUGGAUGGCCGAUUGACAGCUGAAAUUCACAUAAAAAUCAAGAAAACAACUGGUAUUUACAAAGAUAAUCUGAGAAGUUUCGACAAGACGAUGGAAGAAUUCUCGGAUGUAGUACUUGUUGUCAAUGAAGAGAAAUUUUAUGUUCUAAAAUUGUAUUUGGCUGCUCACUCACCAUAUUUCAAAGCCUUGUUUUUGGGAAAUUUCAACGAUUCGAAGAAAUCGGAAAUCAAAUUGACUGGAAUCGACGCAGAUGAUUUCCAGAACUACCUCGAACUGCUUUAUGGGGAACAUCCGAUUGAUGAAUACACUUGCGAAGGACUUCUUCUGGUAGCUGACAUGCUAGAUACUCCACUGGUAAUCCGCAAAUGCGAGCAGUUUCUACUCAAGGAAUCAAAGAAAACGUUGAAGAAGAAGUUAGAAUUGUCUACUCGAUUCUGUUUGGAAGCACUCAAGAAGAAAUGCCUCGCUGAAAUCAAAUCGAUUGGCGAUCUUCAAGCUGUUCUGCCAGGGAAUGUGCAAGAUUUGGACAAAUCUAUAAUGGGCGAACUUCUUGAAAAAUCCAUUUCACUUCAUAGUUGA